AUGGAAGUUCUUCCACAUUUUAGCCAUGUUCAUCCUCUGGUUUUCAAUGAUGGGAGAAGCCAUGAAAGUGAGGAGGUUUAUUGUUGUGCGUGUGGGGAGUUGGUGUCAGGUCCAAGGUUUAGUUGCGUGGACUGUGGGUUUCAUCUUGACAAGAACUGUGCUGAGGCACCUGUUGAGAUGAACCACCCCUUUCAUCGCCAACAUAACCUUAAGCUUAUGAAAAGCUCUCCAUAUGUUGAAGGUAACACUAUUUGUAAUUUCUGCAAUAACAGAUGUGAGAAGUUUGUUUAUCAUUGUUCUUGUAAUUUAGACUUUCACAUCAAAUGUGCUUUUCUAUCAUACAAAUUUAUUGUGAAAGACUCUAGAGAGCUUGUUCUUCAAGACAAAUCCAUCUCUUCUGAAUGUCAUUCUCAAGAACUCAACAGAGUUCUAUGUUUUGCAUGUCAAAAGUCCUUAUUAGGUUCUGAUUACAUCUCUCCUGAUUCUGGAUUUUACUUGCAUAAAAAAUGUUCUGAUUUACCUCUUGAAAUUAGUCACCUUUCCCACCGUCACCAUUCUCUUUUGUUACAAUUUAACAGUGAUCAUCUCCCUUGCAAAAUAUGCUUUGAAAUCCAAUUACAUAGAGGAUUGGUUUAUUGUUGUUCGAUUUGCAAGUUUGUCCUUCACAUUGAAUGUGUGUCACCACCACCCAUUAUUGAGGAUCCAAGUACUCAUGAACAUCCAUUCACUAGGUGUUUAAGAGAAUUGUCAUUCAAUUGUGAUGUAUGUGGCACUUUAGGAAACUAUGUUUCUUAUAAUUGCUCAACAUGUAGCUUAAUGGUCCAUAAGAAAUGCAUUUCAUUGCCACGCUUCAUCAAAAGCCUAUGGCACGACCAUCCUAUUUCUCAUAAAUACUUUGUGGUAGACAAUGAGUGUACAACACAUGAUUGUCCAGUUUGUCACGAGGAGGUGAACAUGGCUUGUGGGAGUUACAAUUGCUCUAAGUGCAAGUUCAUUAUCCAUGUGAAUUGUGCACUAGAGGAUGCUCGAUGUUAUUACAAAAUAUCAAAAGAUGAUUUUGAUAAGCUGCUUAAUGCAAUGUUGGAAGUGGGUACUAUGAAUCCAAGCUUUUUUGUUCGUAAUAUGAUCAAAGUUGGAGAAAAAAUGAUAAAUGUGGAGAUAGAACAUUUUAGCCAUCAACAUAAUUUAGUAUUAAGUGAUGAAGUGAAGGAACAAAGGUAUUGUGAUGGCUGCAGUCAACUCAUCUUGACUUCCUUUUAUUGUUGUUUAGAAUGUGAUUUCUUUCUCCACAAAUCUUGUGCUGAGUUACCUAGGAAGAAGCAAAUUCUGUUUGCUUUUCACCAAGAUCCCUUUGUCCUUACUCCAACUUGCAUUUUUAUAUGCUCACAUUGUGGUGUCGUAAGUAGUGGUUUUGCCUACAAAUGCGAGGUUUAUUUGUGCAAAGACCAUUUAUGUGUUCGAUGUGCUGUACUUGCUUUCUCUUGCAUGAGCGGAGGACACGAACACCUUCUUCUCCUUUACAUCACGUAUCUUGGGGGGUACUGUAAAGCUUGUGGUGGCAGUACUGGUGGUUAUAAAGUAUACAGAUGCAAGGCUUGCGAUCUUAAUGUGCAUUUUGGAUGUGUCAAAUUCCUACCACAAACAACUUGGCACAAAUCAGACAGACAUUGUUUGAUCCUCACCUACCAUGAAGAUAAUGAUUAUUCACAAUAUCAUUAUUGUGAUGUCUGUGAAAAAGAAAGAAGCCCCAAUACUUGGUUUUACCAUUGUCCAAUUUGUGAUAACUCAGCACACCUUUCUUGUGUUUUGAGAGGUGAUCAAUUUCUCAAGCGUGGGAGCAAAAUCAAAGAAAGUGAUCAUCCACACACUCUCAUGAUUGUGGAGAAGGUUUAUGAUUAUCCUGAAUGUCACAAAUGUGGUCAUCGUUGCAUGGAUUUGGCUCUUGAGUGUUUGGAUGCAGAAUGCAAAUACAUUAUCCACUGGAAAUGCAGCACAACCUUCCAAUACUUCAGAUCGGCAUAA